CCAAGAUCAGACAUCUGAAUGCACAUAUCAGAGAAUAGACUCAGAAGUACAUCAUCAGCAUGUAAAAAAGGAUUGGUCAAGCUAGUUCUCAAAACAAUCUAAAUAACAGCUCACGAAUCAGAUACAAAUCUCCUCAACAUUGUGUUACAGAUUCAAUAAGAAACUGACAACCCAGACCCAGGAAAGAAUGGCCGGAGCUGACUAGAUGAGCUUGGAGCAACCAAACUCUUUCAUUUAUGCUUAAGCAUAUCCAUAAAUAGGAUGUUGCAAGCAAAGGCCACCUGGAUUCACAGCCAUGGCCAAACACCUGUGUGGUCAGGGAGAGCAUGGUAACAUCCUGGUAUAGUACGAUUCCAACAAUCCCGGCAUCAACACACCAUUGGCCACCUCCUUCACUGUCCUCACAGGCCACUUUCUGCCAAGAAUCAAAGCUUUCGACGUAUCUUCGUGCAGCCUGAUGAUGGCUGCACGAACGAUGGGGACUGCCCUAGCGAUGACGAGUCUGGUGGUGGUGCUGGCUUUCUCCCGGGCUGCGGCGCAGGGGAACGGCUGCUCGAGCGUGAUGAUGACCCUCUCCCCGUGCAUGGACUUCAUCUCGAGCAAGGCCCCGAUCCCGGGGAUCUCCUGCUGCUCCGUGCUCGCCGGAGUCGUCCAGACAGAUCCCCGGUGCCUCUGCAUGGUCCUGGAUGGCACCGCGGCGACCUUUGGCAUCUCCAUCAACCAGACGAGAGCGCUGGAGCUCCCUGUAGUCUGCAAGGUCCAAGCACCACCGAUCAGCCAAUGCACAGGUGUCCCAACAGCACCUGCACCAACACCUUCCAGCAAGUCAGCAGCAACAGAGGAGGAAGCAGCUGAUGCAGCUGCAGAUGCGCCUUCAGGAAACGGAACCUCAAGAUCCACAAACUCAAAGAAUGCAGCAAGUUUAAUGGCCACAAUGCUUAUUCCCGUUUGUGCAUUGCUCUAUGUCUUCUAAGUGUUGCUACAACUUCUUCACUGGCUAUCUCAGCAUAUCGGAAUUAGAUCUUUCCUGAUCUUGUAUAAUCAUGAUUCUUCAUUGCAGCACAUUUUGCAUGAUAUGCCUUUCUGACGUGUCGCAUCAAACAUACUUUUUCAUCCAGUGAGAAAAUCAAUCCUCACCAAUUUCAGUGGAAUUGGUGAUCGAUAGCACAUGGUGAUUAUCAAGGAUACGGAAAUCGCCCACCAAAUUCCAGUGAAAUGAACAUAUGUCACGAAAGCUUUCCUGCUACUCUGAGCUAAUCAUUUUGAUUGACAUCUCGAUGUCAAGCAGCAGUUUUCUGAGAACCAGGCUAAUCGUUACCAAUUUCAAAGAAUCAUACGUAUAUUUACAAAAUUGUAGUCAUAUUUUGCUACCAAAAAAAUUAUUUUGUGACGUGUUGAGAUGUUCAUGUCAAAAAGUAAUGCGAGACUUUGAAAAAUAAUUGUGCCAAACAUGAGUUAAAACGUAAAAGAUAGUUAUCAUCAACAACGUUCUAAAACAGCAUGCAUUCUACAAGCCAAUGUAGCUUAAGGACUUCUCAAACUCGUGGUAGAAGUCGAGGAAAAACACCACAUUGCAGGCAAUCAAAUAAUGACACGCGGAACUAGCUAACAUUAACAAGAAAAGAAAUAACAGUGCCCAUGGUAACUGGUAAACAAUGAAUAAUACGCAGAAUAAGAAAAUGAAGCAUAGCAUGGUAAGUGAAAAAGGUAAAUGUGGCAUUACCAGCUGAUUAUGUGGAUCUUAGAGAGAUCACCACAGCAUUUUAUUGCACUGAACGAAAAUGGUAAUGCUAAACUGGUUUACUGAUUUCUCAGUGGAUAAAAUAAAAAUACAGACGAUUAUCAGUACAUGCUUCAAGAAGAAAUAGAGCGAAUUUCUGUAUGAGAAAUGAACAGAGUAUGCUUUAACCCAUAACUAAAGCAUAAACGACAAAAUACAGCAUUGCAGUUGUGUGAAUUUCAAAAUUAACUAAAGCUGCUCAGAGUUCAAGAUCAGCAUAUCAGAACUCAUUAUUGGCUUUUAUACUUCCACCAAAAAUGCACAUGUACUAAAUAAUGUGGUACACACAAGCAACUUUCUUUUGGAAGUACAAAAGGCACUUCCUCAGUUAGUUCCAGAACAUGUAAGAUUUCCACCAAAUAAAAAUAGGUAGAUAAGGAUAUCUGUGGUUGAUUUGGAGAGUUCAGAGUUAGGUUGCCUAAUGGCUAGUCGAUAGGGCUAUAGGUGGUUGCCUUUGGUUCCUAAGAAAUCACUAUGAAUUGUGAGUAACAUUCUCUUUCUGUUGUGUUUAGGCCUGCAGAAUAAUAUGUGAUGCAUUGGGAGUCACCAUUGAUACAGAAAAAAACAACCAACCUCCUAUGUGCCUGCGAUGACUAUAACCACCCAGAAUCAGAAAAGUCCAGGCAAAACUGUGGGUGCAUAUAGUAGAAUGGACUCACCUCAUUCUAUUUCAUGUGACAGGAAUAAGCAGUCAACAGCAAUAAUGCUACCAAUUUCCUGCACCUAAAAAAACAGCAAAAACACACCAUAUGAAGAAAUCCUACUGAAUCAGCACAUCACCAAUUCCCUGGGGCAACACAUCUAUGGAUCUAGAGAUAGCUGUAUUCAUUCUUAUAAACAUUUGAGGCGUACGAUAAGGCACAGGAGCAAUAACUUCAUAAUAACUUGUUUAGAACUUAUAAUGCAGAAUAAAGGGGCAGAGGACCUGGAUUCUUCAUUUUCAUCUGCUGCCUGUAAAUCCGUAUCUGACAUUUCUUGUUUUUCUCUGUAUCUAUGCACAAAAGAUUUCACAUGUGUUGGCAACCAUGGUUCAAAUGCCUUUUAAACUUUGUUUGCAAUAGAUUGGUAAUGAAUUUGGAGAUACAGCUUGCAGGAAUAU